GUCAGCUUCUCCAUGUGACGGAGAAAAAGCCAAUCGCGCACCUCCUCCGCACGAGAGCAACGAAGAUGGCGCAAGACAGUACGGUGCCCAGCGAUCUCUACCAGCAUGUGUACUCGUUUCUCGUGGAAAACAAGUUCGCCAAAGCCGCAAAAGAGUUUUUAAAGCAGGCUAAAGUGAAACCUCAAGACCAAAAUGAGGACAAUCUCUUGGACAUCUUCAAUUUUUGGGUGAAGUCCCCAGAAACCAAAAAGCGUAAAGCAGUCCCCAGCGGCCCAUCGGCGGUCAACGGCCCGUCAGCAAAGAAAGCCAAGAAAGCUGCUGAGAGCUCAAGUAGUGAGGACUCCAGCAGUGAAGAAGAAGCUGCACCUGCCAAGAAAGUCAAAGGACAAGCGAAAGCUCCUGCUCCAAAGAAGCCAGCAGCUGUAGCUGCUAAAAAGAGCAGCAGCUCUGAAGACUCCAGCGACUCGGAGGAUGAAGCUCAGGCUAAAACUGCAGCAAAGAAGCCUGCCGCUGUGAGACCUGCAGCCCCCGUCAGGAAGAAAGACCCCAGUUCCAGCAGCGAGGAGUCGGACUCGGAUGAGGAGCCGGCCAAAGCUCCAGCUAAAGGAGCCAAGGCCAAGCCUGCGGCAGGGACCCCGAAACCGGCGUCCACUCCAGGGUCUGCAGCUCAGAAGAAACAGGACAGCAGCAGCAGCGAGGACAGCUCCAGUGAAUCAGAGGACGAGGGUCCAGUGAAGAGCGCAGUAAAAAAACCAGUCCUAUUGAAGACCGCUCCAGCUAAACCUGCAGAGUCCAGCAGUGAGGAGUCAUCCUCAGAUGAGGAAGAUGCUCCUCCUACGAAGAAACCCAAGACUGGUCCAUUCAAUGCCGUCCCGCCUCCAGGAACACUGACGACUCCUGCUCCAGUCAAAGCUCCUGCAGCUCCAGGGAAGACUGUGACUCCCAAAGCUGCUGCUCAGAAGGACUCGUCCAGUUCGGACAGCUCUGAUUCAAGUUCAGAGGAUGAAGCAAAGAAACCAGCUGCUAAAACUGCUGUGGUUAAAGCAGCCCAGGCUAAGAAAGCACCUGCAAAGAUCGCUCCUGCUCAGAAAAAGGACUCUUCAAGCUCCGAAUCUUCAAGCUCAGAGGACGAAGCAGCAAAGCCUGCUGUCAAAGGCACACCUGCUAAAGCAGCAUCUGCUAAAUCUACACCCGCUAAAGCAGCAUCUGCUAAAUCUACACCCGCUAAAGUCACCCCUGCUGCAGACAAGGCUUCAUCUUCUAGCUCUGAAGACUCAGACGAUGAGGAGGAGGCCAAGAAACCAGCAGCUAAAGCUGUCCCAGUUAAACCUGCGCCAGCCAAGAAAACAGCAUCUAAAGUCAAGCCUGCUGCAGAAGAAUCGUCAUCAUCGAGCUCCGAGUCUGAGGAAGACAAACCGGCCCCAAAACCAACCCCAGCCAAGGCUGCUCCUGCUAAAGCUGCUCCCCCAAAGAAGACCCCUGCUAAGAAAGACCAUUCCUCAAGUUCAGAUUCAGACAGCUCUGAAGAUGAAGCCCCAGUUAAACCAGCAGCCACGUCCAAGGCUUUGAGCGCUCCUAAACCUGCAGUCAAACCCGCCGAAUCCAGCUCGGACUCGGACAGCUCUUCAGAUGAUGAGAAACCUCAGAAGAAGGCCACCACCACACCGGUGUCCAAACCAGCAGCGGCUGCUACUACCAAGAGCCCUGCUUCUGCCUCCAAACCACCUGCUCCAGCCAGUAAGACCACAGCGGAGACCAGCAGCAGCGAUUCGGACAGCUCCAGUGAAGACGAGAAGAAAGUGAAGACUACUGUGACCCCCAAAGCGUCAGCAGCUAAGCCGGCCGUGACUCCAGUUAGCGCCAAGAAAGCCGAGAGCAGUAGCUCUGCAUCUGACAGCUCAGACUCUGAGACCGAGGCUAAGAAGACUCCCGCCAAGCCUGCCGUCACCAAUGGAAAGACUGCUACAACAAAAACACCCACCUCAGCAGCGAAGACGCCGGCUAAGAAGACGGCAGAGUCUUCCUCCUCCAGUGACAGCAGCUCUGAUGAAGAGGAGUCUCCUAAAACCCCAGCUGUGAAGACCCCACCUGCUGCGAAGACCAAAGCUGAGGACUCUUCAUCUGAAGAAGAGGAGACGACCAAGACUCCUGUCACAACAAACGGCACAAAGAGCAAAAAAAAGGGCAAAGAGGAAGAGACGACAACACCCCAGAACAAAAUGACCACCUCCACACCUCACACUUUUCCCAGAACCAAACAGAAGGAAACCAAUGCUCCUUUUCGUAGAGUAAGAGACGAGGAAAUUGAGCUGGAUCCCCGCCUGGCAAACAAUUCAUUCGAUGCAAAGAUGGGAGCCAAUGGUGACUGGGGCCAGAAAGCCAACAAUGUGCUUAAAUUUACCAAGGGCAAAUCUUUCCGGCAUGAGAAGACCAAGAAGAAGCGUGGCAGUUAUAGAGGAGGUGCGAUCUCCACCUCAGUGAACUCCAUUAAGUUUGACAGCGACUGAGAUUACAAACUAAAUGAACCUCUGAACUCUCCAUAUCCCUCUUUCCCACAAUAUCAGCUCUGAAAGGCACUGUUUUGAGCCGUCUGCUCUCUGUUGGGUAUUGAUUGAAGGCUCAGGAAUAUUUGGGGUUGUGUAUUUACACUCUUUCAUGCAGUUAGACACCACAUGGUGGCGCCGCGUCAUUGCGUUUAGGCCUUUCGAUUAGCUUCUCUGUAAAAAUGGUUUUGGCUUUACUGUAAAAUGUUUCUUAAAGUUGGCUUGACAAAUUAUAUACAGUUGUCCUAACAGGUAAUUGUUAAUAUAAUAGAAAUUACAAUGAUUUUCUUGUAAAUGAAAUGUCAUUUAUGGUUGCGUUAACAUUUUAUGAGCCUGUGUAUCUUGAGCCUGGUGAUUUUGUCCUGUUUGAAGAAGUUGUGUAGUUAAUGACUCUUCUGUUUGACAGACACUGGAAGACCACCCUUACAAUAACACACGAAUCGUCCUCAUACGUUUAUAUAGUUUAGUUUUAAUAUUUUAUGGUUUCAUAUGUUACGCAGGAAUUUGUAAUUUGGUCUCCUUUAUUAUCAGUACUGUAAUUAAAACAUGGACUGAAACUCAACUGUUCGUCCCAGAAAGAGCGUAACUGUGUCCUGUUUAAUUUGGUGUGAGGUUUGCCAAAAUGUCUACCAAUGACAAUUUUAUAUAUAUAUAUAUAUAUAUAUAUAUCAAUUUGUUAGGAAUAACAGUGUUGGAAAUAACCAGGUUACAGGUUUAGCCAAAAAAAUCUAUUUAUCUAAUAAUGUAUGUUGUAAAAGGGACAGUAUUUCUAAGCAUAUUUCAUAAAUUUAAUUCUGAAGCACAGUAUAAAAACAUACAAAUUUGAAAAAGACCUGAUCAACAUUAGAGAACAAUUACAGAGACCCCCAAGUUAUUAAUGGUUAUUCCAAAUUUGUGAUUUCUAGAAGAUUGCAGGUUUCAAAUGUCACUAAUUCAUUUGAGUCUCCCAAAAAGGCUGGUCGUCCAUGUAAGUCAAAUGCAUAAGACAGAAUAAUGCAGAGACACUCAAUGGAGAAUUGGUUCAACACUGCAGCUGGAAUUGCUCAACGGUUCAGUGGUGAACAGGGUUGGGAUUUAAAGAAUUGAAACUCAAAGCACACUCUGCAAUGACCAAGCCUCUCAUCAGCAGAGAGAUUCAAAAAGCUAGGCUCACCUUUGCUGAGUAGCAUGUUGUGUGAAGAGAGGAGAACUGGUCCACAGUUCACUUUAGUGAUGAAAGCAAGUUCCAUUUUAUUUGGGUCUGAUGGGAAGCAUUUUGUUUUGUGUCAAACUGAGGAAUGACUGAAGCCCAACUGCGUAAAGAAGCCAGUGAAAGGUAGAGGAGGAAGUGUUAUGGUUCGGGAGAUGUUUUCGGGCAUCAGAAGUUGGGCCUCUUUUACAGCUACAUGAAUGCAAAUGUUGAUCAGAACCUCCUUAAGCAACAUGCAGUACCUUCCCUGCAUGCUCCUCCCAAUCAGCCUGCAAUUUCAUGCAAGGCAAUGCUCCCUCACACACUGCAAAACCUGAACAUGGAUAGUCCUGAUCUAAACCCAUCUGAAAAUCUCUGGAAAAUCCUUGGUGACAAAAUUAAGACUAAGAAAGUCACCAAACUAUGGAAGAGACUAGAAGAAGAGUGGACUGGCCUCUACACUUCCUAUUCAUUUCUGACAGCUGUAACCUACAAAGUUUUUUGUUUUAAUCCUCUUUCACAACCUGGAAAGACCAUGAAAGUUGUUCAUGAACUCUCUGAAUGUGCCGUUAUGGCCACAAGGGCCGUUUCUAUUCUCUGUGCUCUCAAUUAGUAGCUCCAUCUGCCUGAGCUAUCUUGGUGGUCCCCUGCACCAUCAGCUCUGCUGAAGUGCUCCAUUGGCUCCACCGUGGGGAGCUUUGGUCCUAUCAGCUCUGGUGUGGUGGCCAUCAGGUCCACUGUGGAGAUCCAACAGAGGACCCAUACUGUACCACUAUAUUUGGACUGCAUUUCCCAUAACCCAUUGCGUGGGCUCAUCAUGCCUGAUUGUUUUCACCUGUGUCUCAUUACCUGUUUUCAGUCACUCUUUGAAAAGACUUGCGUGUCUCAACUGCAGUUCUGAGUGUUUCAUCCUGGUUCUCUCAUGUUUUCCUUUUUCUUCAUAUUCUGUCUGUUUUAUCUGGACCACUCUGUUUGCCUCAGCUCUGAACUCUGUCAUUGUUUGGACUGCUUGUUUUUGACCUUUAUGCCUGUUUUGAUUACAGUUGUGGAUUUCCCCCUCUAAACUACUGCAUUUAGAUCCUCAGCUUUCGUGUUCCCAUGCAGUUUUGUUACUGUAGGAAAGGCUUUCUGAUCUGCCAGAUUAUGCUUUUAUUGACUUUUUUCUGUUAUGCCCUUAAUAUUCUACUCCAAGAAAACCAUUGUCACUGGGGCAAUACCUUUUUAAUGGGACAGAAUUGUACCUUAAAUGUAAAGAAACAUUGAAUUUUGUACCUUUAAGGAUAUUUUUACAAUGGGCAACCACAAUGUACUUUUCCUACUGAACAUGCACAUUCAACAACUGAACCCAAAGCCAUCCAUUUCAUAUGUGCACAUUUCUUUCUUUUACUUUUCACACAAUACUCUUUCUUCACUCUUAACUUGAAAGUACAAAAUAAAUUAUGUAAAAGCAUCAAAAA